GUGAUAUUGCGUGUUGGUCGGGGAGGGGCGGGGUCCACGUUGUGGAAUUUUGAGCUCCCAUUUCUUUCUUUUCUUUUUCUUCCACAACGUAUAAGACGAUUCUUUCGUCGUGUUGACUUUGGAAAUCAGUGGAUUAAAGCGGAAUUACUAUUUUGUCUACGCCAAAUUUUACCAAAAUGGGUCUCUCAAUGUCGUUUCAACUCUACCGAUGUCAUGUUGGACGUUUGAUCAUUUUUUUUUUAAUUGUUUUUUUUUAUAAAGAAGAAAACGCGUUUUGAGUUCACCAGCUGUGCAGUGAAAGACCAAAGAAACGAUAAAUGAUAAUCUUUUAAAUUAUUAGAUAAUAUUAAUUAUAGCGGUUGGUUGGGAAAACUUUACCCAUUGAGAUUAACAUGGAUGGUGUUUUUUGUUUUGUCAAUCUAUUCGUUUGUGUGUGUGUGUUUCAUAUUUGUAUUUAUGAUAUAAAAUAAAACAUAAUUUCAAAUUGAGUUGAUUUUUUGUUUUUCCAAAUUUAUAAUUAUUUGAAGUGUUUAACAAAUUAUAAUAGAUAUCAUCUAACUCUAAAAAACAUUUAAAAUAAUAAAUUACACAUAAUUAGGUAAAAGAAAAGGAAAAAAAAAAAACUACAAUUACAUUACCAAAAACACCUUAAAAAAAAACUUUAAAAAAUAUAAAAUAUCAUUUGAUUUCUAUUUAUUAAUAAUUUAAGUAUAAGUGCAUACGGUAAUAUUUUGGCCCAUAGACUAUGCUAAUGGCCCAUCUAAUGUCAUUUAUACCCAACAAAAAGUUGAGACCACUAACUAUUGCCUAUUAGACCAAAAACUUUUUAAGUUUUUUUUUCGUAUUUUUUUUUAAAUAAAUUUAAAGAGUAUCCAAUAGUUAACUUGAGUUUACCUAAUUACCUUUAAUAUAACCAUUAUUAUACUAUUAUUUAUUCUCUCCACAAUUCUUUUUAUUUGUUUUAUAAUUAGGUUUCAAAAGAUUAUGGGAUUCCAAUACAUUCCCGAUGAUGGUUCUUUGAAAAUUUUUAAUGAGAAUAAAGCAUUUCCGAUUAAUGAAGAAGUGAACAGUUGAUCAUAUAUAUAUGAGUGAACUAUUCAUUGUAUUACAUCUUAUAUAUGAAAAUUGAUUUGACCAAUAUAGUAAAAUUGAAAGAGAAGAACAUAAUUUUUACCCCUUUUUUAUGUUAAAAAACAGAGAGAGUAAGGGAAAUUGAGAUAGGAGUCACAAAAGUUAAGAGAGGAAAAAAAAAAUUUAGAAACUAGAAAAAGAAAGAGAGAGACAAAUAGAAAAGAAAAGCAGAAAGUGAAAGUUGAAAAAAAAAAUAGCAAUAUUGGUUAUCUUUAGUUGUGGGUUUUCUCUCUCUAUAUAUUUUCUUUUCUUUUUAAUUUUUGAUUUCUUAAGAUGUUUAGAAAAUGGGUAUUUAGAUCCAUCUAACCCUAUAUAUGGCUAAGCUUCUAAUGUUUAAUAUUUUUGUAACAUAUGGUUAAUUUCCAAUAAAGGCCCUCCCACAUGGAUAUUUAUGGGAACAAAAAAAAAAAAAAAACAUAAAAACUCAAAACUUUAUAACUUUCUCUCUUGGUAAUCUUUAGUUGUGGGUUUUCACUCUCUAUAUAUAUAUUUUUUCUUUUUAAUUUUUGAUUUCUUAAGAUGUUUAGAAAAUGGGUAUUUAGAUCCAUAUAACACUAUAUUUGGCUAAGCUUCUAAUUUUUAGCAUUUUUUUUUUUUUAACAUAUGCUUAAUUUCCAAUGAAGGCCCUCCCACAUGGAUAUUUAUGAAAAAAAAAAAACACAUAAAAACUCAAAACUUUAUAACUUUCUCCAUAAAUGAAGAUUUUAGAUUAAAAAUUACAUGGUCUUGAAACUACAAAUGGCUUCCACAUGGUGAUAUACCAAUUGAUAAAGUUUAACUUGACUACAUUGAAAGUUUGGAUUAUAAGCUUUAUUAAUUACAAUUUUGAGUUCUACAAAUAAUCAUAAUUAGAUUUUUUUAGCCACCCAAAUACUCAAUAGAAGUUUGAGUGGGGACUAAUAUAAAUGAAUAUUGCUUUGGUAAUUUUUAUAACUCUUGAAUACAGCCAUGCAUUACUAUUUUUGGGCCUAUAAUACUAAUUUUGAUGAAUCCUCCAUAUUUAUAGCCCACCAGCCAAGUGGACAAAAUGGUUUGGUUUGCAUGAAACAUAUGACAAUACCGGAAUCUAACUUGAGCGAAUAUACAAGAGAAUGCCACGAAAGUUUCUCCAAAGCCUGAGGAACAGUAGGAAUUAUCAGGGAUAUUCCAUGUUUGGUUUCUGAAUCCCAAAAGCCCAAAGGGACAAAAACCAUACCACCACCAACCUGGAAAUCGUUAAUAACAAGAUGAUAUAAUAGCAUAUUCCAAACUAAACAAAUACAGCCGAAACCUUCUUCAUUCCUCCAUUUCCCAAACCACAACACCACAAAAAAACCACCCUCUCUCUGUUUCUGAAAACAUGAUGUCAAGAGCUCUCACAGUAAAGCCCAGAAAGAGCUUUCAAUAUGGAUACGGCUGCAGCAAAUCGGUGUCCAUCAACGACUACGAGGAAGGCAUCGUCGGGUUCAUGAAAGAUCUACCGUUGAUUCACUGCGAUCAUCAUGUUGGUAAUAAGCGUGGGGUAUGUUGUGGGGAAGCUGGAGCUGCUCACUUGACCUUGAGGGAGGUUUUGAGAUCUUCAGUAGGAGUUAUAGGUGAGAGCCGGCUUGGAAUUACAGAGAAAGUGGUGCUUUCAGAUGGAAGAGUCUGUGCCUUGAAAAGGUUUAGGAAACUGAGCGUUAGGAGGAGUGAGUUUGGGAAGAGGAUACAAAGGUUGGCUAUGGUGAGCCAUAAGUGCAAAUAUCUUGUGCCUGUUACAGCUUAUCUUUAUGCCAAGAGGAUUAAGUUUAUUCUAUGCGAUUACUAUCCCAUGGGAAGUCUCGCUGACUUGCUUUCAGGUUGUAGGGAAUAUGGUCACUCGGCAUUGGAUUGGGAACAAAGGCUGAAAAUAAUUCUUCACAUAGCGAAAGCGAUAUCAUUCAUACAUAGACAAACACCGGCACAAGAAAAAAACAUGCAAAUGAACGUGCAUGGGAAUAUAAAAGCUUCCAACAUCAUGAUAAAUACAGAUUUCUCAGCCUGCUUAGCGGAUUAUGGUCUAGCUCAGUUGGCUGAGCGAGUUGAAGUUUCGAAGGCAUGGCAGUGGAAGCCGAUCUACUCGGAGGAUUUGUCUCAGAAAUGCGACAUUUACAAUUUUGGGUUGAUUUUGUUGGAUAUAUUGGCAGGGCCUGAGGCUUUGGUUAUGAUCAACUACAUAGCAGAGACUAAGGAAAUGAUCAAAGAAGGAAGUGUAGAGUUUUUUGAGUUUCCAUUGAGUGGAGAGACACAAAAAAGGCAAGCUUUGCAGGUUUUGGACAUUGCACUGGAAUGUACCGAUGGAAAACCAGAGGCUAGACCUUCAAUGGAACAAGUGGUUUUAUGUCUUGGAGAUUUUGUAGCAAGGGAUAUAAAUUGCUGCAUUAAUAAUAAUGUCAAAAUUAUGUCAAACAAAUAAUCGUGUAUAUGUAAGGGGAAACGGCUCGUUUUUCUGUAUGCUAUAGCUUACCAAUUGUUUUUAAGUUAUGGACCUAAUAAUAGUGGUAUCUGUGUUUCCUUUUUUGUGGGGCAAAUUAUAAUUAUAAGUUAUAAAUGCAUGUACAUAAACCAUGUAUGUUUAUCAAUGGUAUAUUCAAUAAUACUUGC